CGCACGGUCCCGUCAGUCUCCUUCGGAACCCGUCAGCAGCAUUCGUUUCGGUUUGCAUACAUGAUUCGAUUCAAUUCAAAAGUUUAGAAAAAAAUAAAUUGGUGUCAAUGUUAAUUGUUAAACCAGACUCAACGCUCAAGUUUCUGCCAUCCGUCAGGCUUAUCAACAACUUGAACAACCGCAAGGGUAGCCGUACGGGAAAUUCCGGCAACCAUCUCGAGUUCCAGGUGCUCACCCAGAUCCAGUACGUACCCUGAGAGCGGUAACUGCCCGGUCCCGAGCGCAUUAGCAUGCAGGAUCGUUCAAGCACGAUGGCCAGACAGAACCAACAGUCGGCGUACGCCAAAGCCCCGGGUGGCGGAAACAUGAAGAAAAGCACCCCCAGCUACACCAGUCCUACCUCGCAGGCGAAGACCACCACCAACGGCAGCAAUGCCGGUAAUGGGAGCUGGGGACCACACUUCAAAAAUCGGGACCAUUUCGUGAGCAUGCACUUCUCGUGAGCCAACGCAAGCGAGAUGCAGGAGUCACAUGAGCGUGUGACCUCCCCCGAUAGACCUAGCAGCGCAAGGAUGGGAGGAUUAUUUUGUUAAUAAAAACCAUUAAAUUAUUCGUCUCUUGAAUAAGACUGUGCAUAAA